CGGCCACACGGAAAUUCAGGGGCGGCUGCCCAAUAACAAAACCAGGUGUCGCGACUACCAGCAAGACAGACAGGGAGAGGGAGAGAUGGAACCGGUGAAGGAAGACGUAGAAGAGUACGGAUGGAGAGAAGUGAAGCUGCCGUCGCUGAUUCCGGUGGUGCCCCCGCCGGAACUCGGGAGAGAGACUGGCGAGAGGAGGAGAGGCCGUGACAUCAUUGUGGCCGUCGAUCAUGGUCCCAACAGCAAGCUAGCCUUUGAUUGGACUCUUAUCCACCUCUGCAGACUCGCUGAUACCAUUCACCUCGUUAACGCCGUAUCCAGCGUGUCGAAUGAGGUUGUUUACGAGUCAAGUCGAGCACUAAUGGAGAAGCUUGCGAUAGAGGCUUAUGAAGUUGCCAUGGUGAGGACUGUGGCUAGGAUCGUAGAAGGGGAUGCAGGUAAGGCAAUUUGCAAAGAAGCAGAAAGGAUACUGCCAGUAGCUGUGGUGAUGGGUACCAGAGGCCGAAGUUUACUUCAAAGUGUGCUGCAGGGAAGUGUGAGCGAGCAUGUAUUCCACAACUGUACAGCAGCGCCUGUUAUAAUUGUUCCUGGGAUUGGAGAAGCUUGAGAGGAACAUUGAACUGGUGGAACCAUGGACAGAUAAGAAACUGUAAGUCCUGAAGAGUUAUGCUAGUGAAUCAUAGUAGAGCUUGGGCAGAAGACAAAGUUGGUUUUGUCAUUUAUGUAAUCUGAAAUGCAUGGAAGAUAUGUUUUUCUUUUGAUAUUCUAUGUGAAUUGCACUGAAUAUGGUAUUGUUAACUGAUAUCUUUGUAUUAGCUGGAAUACUGUAAAUGAAUCUAGGAUGAUGGGUUUGAUGUAUGGUUCUGUGGAAUUUUUAGGUGUACA